AUGGAGGUAAUUUCAGAUCCCAUAGAUGAAUUUAAUGGGUUGCAACUGGUUUCGAACCUGGUUGAAAAGAAGAAUAUGUUGGGAGAAGAAGAUGUGAUGGACAUGGAGGAAAUCCGAGCAUGUUUAUUACAAAAGGGGAUAGAUAUGGACUCAGAGGAGUUUUUAAAAGAAAACCCGGAGGAUGAUUUUGAAAAAAUGAUUAAGGAACAGGAGGAGGAAGAGAUGGCCGAGUCAGAGAUUCAUCGGGCAACGGAGGAACAGAAAACUGCGGUUGAGACAAUGGAGGGGGUAGGAGGAGAACAGGAUAAGAACCAAGGGACUCGUCGGAGGUUGGUAAAACCGGCCAUCAACACCUUUGGCAGCAACAAAAUGCGUACAGCCACAGCCUUACUCUCUCCACGGAAGCGUAACAUGAACAAAGGUGGAGCUAAACAAGGGGAGCUUAAGACUCUCGAUGGGAAAGGGAUCCCAAUACCGAAGGCCGCAAACUCAAAAACUUAA